UGAGUGACAUAUACCGUUCUCACGAAGCCAAUGGCUCUACGCGGGCUGGAUUGGAUCUGUACGAUUGUUUUCAUAUCGAAUCAGUGUGUGGCCGAGGAUUUCUAAUCAGAUGUUCUAGGCUGGAUCAUGUUGGAUGCAUGGAUUGAACAUGGAUUAAAUGAAUGGGUUGGCGCAGAGAAACAUGGGCGUCUCCGGCGCGAUAACGAUGAAAGCACAUUACCUUGACUACAAAACGGGAUGUAAAAAAGGCUGAGCUGAGGUAGAAUGGGUGACAACGACACUAACUACCAGAACUACACGGUUCUUAUGCUGGAAUCGGCAGCAGACGAAAAUUCAUGGAAUGGCACAGCAGAAAAUGAGACACUUAGUGCCACCUGUCAGGCGUGGGUUUCCUCAUCUGACGUUUUAUUCCAAUUGGCUCACCUGUGUUUUGCAGUUUCAUUCCUUGCGCCAAACACAUAUAAAUAUCAAGUCGUAUUCUUACGGAGCUUAGUAGCUUUAGGGAAUGUAUUACAGUUCUUCUGGGCAUCAAUGGUGACCUGCUUUAUUGACGUUCUUGGCUGGCACAUGGGCUUCCUCUUCGCGAAUUUGGGCUAUCUUAUACUACUUGGGUACAACAUGUACCCAGAAAAAAUACAUCCAGCCCUAGAGCCCUACUUUGUUCAUUUGAAGGCUUUUAAUGUCGAUCGGACUACAUUUAAGGAGUUCACUUCUGUGGGGGAUGUCGUGACGUUAACAAAAGGUGCUAUUUACGCUACAGAACACGAGUCAGUGUGUAAGGAGAAGCUGUCGGUUCUUUUACAUGGGAGAAUGAAAGUGACAUGUAAAGGUGUGUUUCUACACUUUAUUGAGCCCAUGCAGUUUUUGGAUUCACCCGAGUAUGAAGCCUGUCCACCCACCUCAAAAGAAACCCAUUCAUUUCAGGUCACAAUUUAUGCUAUGGAGGACAGUAAACUUCUGACGUGGAGUCCAAAACAGUUUCAUCAAUACUUACGAACCAAUCCGUUCAUAGACGCUCUGCUUACAAACCUCAUGGGCAAGGACAUUACCGUGAAACUCUAUCAACUCCAGGAGAUGUUGCGGCAUCCCCGACUACGGGAUAGUGCGUGCUCAUCAUUGGCGGAUACAAGGAGUGAUAUUGUUGGGAAUAACAAUCACGAUAAUGCACCGGUGCCGACGUUUAAUCAGACAAUUGAGAAGCUACACCGGUAUUCUGUCAGUAGUUCGAGAAAAAGUGUGUCAGUGAAAUCACCGAGGUCGCCAUUGGGCCCACCGCGGUUCAACAUCGAACACGAAGAACUCUUCAACGAUCGUUACGAUGAGCGAUUGUCGCCAAACUUCUUAUCCAUUCCGAGUCCAAACCAACCACGCGUAUUCUUUCAGCAGCCCCUGCUACAGCAGCCACCAGGGGGCAGGAAAAGCAUCCAGGGGUCACCCUCAGUUGGGUCAUUUGAAACCACAGUUGGAUCGUUUGAAACAACGGUAUGACAUAGGGCCAUGGGGCCAGCUAGGGUAGAAUUCUAUGCAGACAGAACAGGCUAAUUGCUGAGUUUGUCAUGAAGUUUUCACAAUCAACGAGCUUUCAAUACCGAAUCUUAGCAAUACAAGCGCAGGCACGUGGGAAUAAGAUCUAACCAGCAUCUGCUCAUGCUUAUCCCGACUUAACCAUGACCAGCUACUGCCCAUUCUUGACAAAAGGUAACGAGCUACGGUCCAUGCUCACGAGGAGCUAACCAGCCAAUGUGCCUAUGCUCGGCAAUAAACCAGGUACGGUCCAGCUCAGCACAAACUAACCAUCUUCUGCCUAUGCCUGUCCAGUGGCCCUCACUUCUGAGAUAAGCUUGGUCUGCAAAGGAGGGAUGAAUGGUAGCAACACAAAAGUGGACAUAAGACGUUCAUAACUGGCUUAUGGAUGGAUUACGCUUUUCGAAUUAUAUCAGAAACAUUUACAUGACGUAUUUAAACGCACAUUGCAAGUUGUACCCUCGCGAAUACGGAGCCUACUUUACCCCGUUAGUUCUGUAUAAAGUAAUACAAGAAUGAAUGGACUAAUUUGACUAAUGAAUGAAUUCCGACAAAAUGAUUCGCCAUGAUCACUUAUUUGGUGCUCUUCUCCAAUGGGACGAGAAAUGUGAACUCCACUUGUAAAUAUACGUGAAUCACUUAUAAAUAUACAUAUCAAUCGCUUGUAAAUAUACAUAACAAUCACUUGUAAAUAUAAAUUAAUCACUUGUAAAUAUACAUUCAUUCAUCAUUUGUAAAUAUGCAUUGAUCACUUGUAAAUAUUCAUUCAAUCGUCACUUGUAAAUACACUCAUUCAUCACUUGUGAAUGUGUAGUCUUUAUCAACUAUACUAUCGUACUGUCUCAUGCCUGGACACUAAAAGCUAAGUUCCAUCCAAAACUACAAUGUAUGAAUAUCAAUUUUGUGUUUGUAUAAGUUAUACUCACGUGGUUGUUGUUUUUUGAAGUGACGACGUGAUGUCAUCAAGUGACCCCCGAUCAAAACUUGGACUGCAUGUUGGUUUUUCUCACUAGAACUCAGUAGACGACCGUCAUGACGACAUCCUACAAAAAAUCUUUCAAAUUCUAGUUUCCACCACUGCUUGACUACUUGACCAUCUGAAGGUCAGCAUCAAUCAUCCUCGGGGUCAAACUUGCAUGUUACUCAUACUGUUGCGAUGUCGGCAAGUACCGAGCGAAAGGCCCUGAAAUUCAGGACGGCGUCAUUAAACCUUCAAUUGAACUUUUUACCGUGCUUGGAAAUAUUUGCUAUUCUUCUACUUUAAUUCGUUGACUGUGGAAUCGAAAAUAUUUGUAACAGCAUUUACAUGUACAAGCUUACUGCAUUUGAUGUGGCGUCCCAAAAUCAUCUUCAGUGCACAGGAGCUUUAGCGAACAAUGAUAGAAUUUGAUUUGCUCAGGUAGUAAUAGCUUAAAACUGAUGACAGCUUCUACUAAAACAAAGAUGCUUUGACUGAAUAAAGCCACCGAUGGAGAGGUCGCGUUGUAGAUCGCCUCCAUCACAUUCUAUCCCUGUCGAUCAUGUGCUGUCAUUGUAUAUGUCCGUGCUGUCGCUUUAGAUUGAUUUGUAGAACUUCGUCAUAUUCUUUUCGCUACUCAUUUGAACCGCCUUGAACUGCUUUUGACCAUAAAGUGCCAUCUGAGAACCGACUUGUGAACGAGCAGCACUUGGAGUCUUCACUGAUAGGAGAGAGCCAGCGCCCCCCCCCCCC